GCCUUGCUGCUGUAAACUCCAAGGUUAACUUUGCUCAAGACUAGGAAAAAGCUGUGGCAGCUGCGCUCAGGCCAGCUCUGGAAAGCUGGAGUUAAGUGGUUUCUAAGCAGGUGCAGUAGAUCUAGGCAUUGUGGACAUUCACACAAGUCACAGCAGCAUGCAGGAGAACAGCAUGGAUCAGCCCAUGUCUUUAUCGCAGCUUCUGCGUGAGAGUUACCUGGCCGAGGCCCUAGCUCAUCACAGACACGGCGAAUCCAGCUGCAUAGACAGCCCUCGCCGCCUGGUGUACGGGACGCUCAAGGAGAAAGCGGACGACACAGAGCCACAGUUCCCGGACCUGUCUGCCUUCCUGAGCCAGGAGGAACUGGACAAGAGCGUGGAUCUGGCCUGCAAAGCGUUCAGCAGCGAUCCUCGAGAACGUGAGGAGAGAUCCGACGCACAUCCACCAACGAGCCACUAUAAUCUUCCUUCCAACAAACCCACUCCAGAAACAGAGGUCAUUUCAGAAAGACAAACAGUCCAGACUCCCAUCCAAGAUAAUGCGAUCAGGAACGUCAGAAGUGCUAGGGAGCCUGCGGCGGAUUUCAGAAGACCUCAGAGAAACGCUCCAUAUGGCUUGGAGACCCAAUCCAAGAAGGAGUUCCUCAACAAAGCAGCUGAUUUCAUAGAAGAGCUUUCGUCUCUGUUUAAAGCCGGCAGCUCCAAGCGAAUUCGGCCUCGUGCUUGCAAAACCCACCGGAGCCGAUUCCAGAACAAAACCCAGCUUGAUGGCACUUCGUACUCCAUUAAUGCAGAAGAUCGAGAAAGACCUAUUCUGCUCAACCAGCAGAUGGAGGAGCCGAUGGAGAAGAGUGGAGUCACGGAGGAGCCUCAGGAGCCGGCUCUGAUUCAGAAUGAGAGCUCGGAGGAACCCGUGUGUGAACCUCCACACUUCAUACAGAAACUCAAAAGCAGGGAGGUUCCUGAGGGCAGUAAAUUCCAGUUGGAUUGUAUCGUCAGAGGACUGCCUGCUCCUGAAGUUCGGUGGUUUUGUGAGGGUAAAGAGUUGGAAAACAGUCCUGAUAUUCAGAUCAUCGCUAAUGGUGAGCGACACACUCUGAUCAUAGCAGAGGCGUUUGAAGAAGACACGGGCAGAUACUCGUGCUUUGCCUCCAACUUUUAUGGCACAGACUCCACCUCAGCAGAAAUCUACAUUGAGGGAGCAUCUUCGUCAGAUUCUGACGAAGAAAAACAUUUUCAAGCAGAACUUCAUGAAAGAUCUCCUCAGUCCAAACCUGCUGUGGUCUUGGCAGAACCCAACACAUCUGCUGAAGACACCACACCAACUAUAACAACCACCUUCGCUGAACCACCAGCACCUUCUGACACAGAAGCAGUGCCACUGACUGAGCUGAUUGCUGACCCAAGCUCUAAGCAGGAAGAUACAGAACUUCUGAGUUCCAAGGUUGUCAGCUCUGAAAUACCUGUCCUAGAACCAACCAUAUCUGUAGUAGAACCAACCAUAUCUGUAGUAGAACCAUCAACGCCAAUAUCUGAGGUGGAACCCACUCCACCAAUUCCUCCACUGACCAUUGCCCCACCAUCACCUCCAUCCAGCCAAAGUAUCUCCGAUGUACUGUUAACAUCUCAACAGAGCAUUUCUGAGACUCUAAAUGGCAGCAGUAGUUAUCUUCAAAGCUUCGAUGUAAGGCCCAUGAUGGCAGCUCCUGUUUUUACGAAGAACCUCCAGGAUGUCCUGGCUGUAGAGAGUCAGUUGGUAGUUCUCGAGUGCAGAGUAAAAGGCAUUCCCUCCCCUAAAGUGGACUGGUACCGGGAGGGAACACUUAUUGAAGAUUCCCCAGACUUCAGAAUCCUUCAGAAGAAACCAAGAUCUAUGGCUGAAUCUGAGGAGAUAUGUACUUUGGUUAUUGCGGAGGUCUUUCCAGAGGAUUCUGGAACAUUUACUUGCAUAGCCAACAAUAAAUAUGGCACAGUUUCCAGUACUGCAGUAUUGAGAGUAAAAGGACACAAUAAUAACAGCACCAAUCCUAAAACAACAAGCACUUUAACAGUGGAAUCCUCCCUCCAAAAGGUUCCGGCAACAGAACUGAUGUCAACAACUUUAAAGCAUAAACCAGAUGUUCCUCUGGUAAACAACAAGCUUCACUCAAGUAUGAUUUGCCUUGACCCUUUGAGAUCUGGAUUUAAGCAUUCAGACCUUCAGGACUCUGGAACGCCUCGCUCAGAUUCCCUAAAUCCUCGUACCCUUCGCCAUGAUCUCACCACUAGCCUACCUAGUCUAAACCCUCUCAGCAUUGGAAAAUACAGCUCAGAUACUUUAAGGACUAGUUUACCUCAGCUAGACCCACUCAGCUUCAGUUCUUCUUCACUGAACUCAGACUCAAACCAUAAGCCUCUCAGCUCUAGCACAACACACUUUGAUUCAGGAGGGUCAGGUUUUAAGCCUUCCACACAAGUGACCCAAAGUCCACCAAACGGAUCAGCCUCCAGCAUCACUAUGAGCUCUGAUGCCUCGGUAGAACCAUUACCAAAUGGUUCAAAACCAACCCCCAGCCCUUCUGUUACUAGUUUCCCACCAGUAAACUGCAGUAACCAUCAAGAGCGACCAACUGUUAAACCCCUACCAGAUCCCCCAACUUCUUGCCUCAAGACAAGACCCGAGGGUGUAUUAGGGAAUCACAACGAAUCCAGCUCUAGUUCCCGAGUUGGCCUCCGUGUAACCUUUAAACUCCUGGAAGAUGAAGACGAGGAGGAGAAAGGAAUGUCAUCUAAAGAACCACCACCAGUGUUGGCUAAACCAAAAUUAGACCCAGUGCAGCUUCAGAUCCUCCACAACCAGGUGCUUUUGGAACAGCGGCAGGAAGAUGCCUCCCCAAGCCAAGAUUCACCACAUUUAGACAGGACAAGUUGUGAGCCACUGCCUGUCAAGCCAACUCACCCUCCUGCAAAUUCAGUUCCAUCCCAACUCCAACCACCUCCUCUUGUAAUGAACUCUGCUCCAAUUCCACUGCAGAUCCCUGCAUCUGUCCCUCUACUUCCUACAACACCUGCUCCCAUAUUAAAAGCUGUACCUGUAUCCCAAUUGAGCAUGCCUUUAACCAAUUCCAUGCCCUUGCCUCAACUUACUCCAUCAGCCACAACCUUACACAACCACCCUCCAAUACCUCAACAAAAUCUGGUUCCUACUACUUUAAGUACUGUUCCACCGGGUAUAGUUCCCUCUAACCUACUAACCCAACCGAAUGUGGUGCCCACUCCUCCUCAGCUGAAUUUGGGGCCAAUUUCACCCAAUGUGGCUCCAGUUACCCCUAUGCCAAGUGUGAUCCCAACAAUCCCAAUAACUCAACCAGGAGGAGCUCCCAACAUCCCUAUGCCUAUAAAUUUGGGACCUUCUGCACGUUUUCCUCAACUUAUCAUGGCUCCAACCACCCAAUCAAACCCCAACCAUGUGGCCAAUGUUCCACCCGUUACUUCUUCCACUCAUAUUUCACAAAUAAACAUGAAUCCAACCAUGCAGAUAUACUCUGUUCCCCAACCGAAUGUGGUGCCCACUCCUCCUCAGCUGAAUUUGGGGCCAAUCUCACCCAAUGUGGCUCCAGUUACCCCUAUGCCAAGUGUGAUCCCAACAAUCCCAAUAACUCAACCAGGAGGAGCUCCCAACAUCCCUAUGCCUAUAAAUUUGGGACCUUCUGCACGUUUUCCUCAACUUAUCAUGGCUCCAACCACCCAAUCAAACCCCAAACAUGUGGCCAAUGUUCCACCCGUUACUUCUUCCACUCAUAUUUCACAAAUAAACAUGAAUCCAACCAUGCAGAUAUACUCUGUUCCCGUUAGUGACACGAGUGUUGCCAGAACACAGGCACUGAUGUCACCUAAUGCAUCAGUGGUGAACAACACUGGACCAAAGUUAAAUACCACCACAAGUUCUCAUCCCAGCAUGGCUCCACAAGACACACAUUCUCAAGGUGUGUCGUAUCCACCCCUGAGUAAAAUCACCUCACCACAUCAAGUGAGAAAUCAACCUGCACCCAUCCCGAGUCCAAUGUCUCCACCUCCGUUGAUUGACACCCAGCCUCCACUUCCCGGGAUUAUUCCGAUCUCCACCAAGAGCUUCACCUACACAAGGCCGAAGGAGUUCAUCGCAGCCCAGAUGCUCUCUCCUAUCAGGAGUCCUUCCCCAACCGAGUCUCCUGUUCCAAUGCUCCAUGAAUUAGCUGCACAGAUAUUCCCGAAGUCGACACGGGAGCUCACGUCGCCCGUCAACCAGUUAUCUCCGUCCCCAAGAAAGUUCCCAACAAGAGUUCUGGAGUGUCCAAGCAGCCCACCAUAUGUGUCCUCACCACCUCUACUGCCUCCUGGACUGGUGAAUUCACUGUUUUCUUUUAGAACUCAGUCACCCCCACAAGCUUCUUCACCAACGUCUAGCAACUCCACUCCUAGCCCCAUCCAAAAUCCAGUGGCCUUCCUUAGUUCAGUCCUUCCUUCACUUCCAAUAUCUCCUCCGACCAAUGCCAUGGGCCUGCCGAAGAGGGCCCCACCUGGGCCUCAAGGUGCACUAAAGAAGAAUCAAAGAGGUUCCAGACUCAUGUCUGAUGAUGACAUCCGCGAGAGCAAGGAAACACUGUUACAAGAUAUUGAGAAGAAAUUGCGAUUUAAAGAUGAACAGCUUCGUUUUGGACAGCAGGAAUACAAGGUGUCGAGCUUUGAGCAGAGGCUACUGAGUGAGAUCGAGUUUCGUUUGGAAAGAACUCCAGUUGAAGAGUCGGACGAUGAAGUUCAGCACGAUGAAAUUCCCUCUGGAAAAUGCAUCGCGCCCAUCUUCGACAAGAAACUGAAGCACUUCAGGGCUGUGGAAGGGAUUCCUGUCACAUUUACCUGUAAAGUUGUUGGAAUUCCAAUUCCUAAAGUGAGUGGGUUACCUCAUCCUGAAAUCAUGUGGCUUCUCAACGGGAAGCCCAUAUAUCCAGACCUCACUCACCGAAUGCUCGUGAGAGAAAACGGGAUCCAUUCUCUGGUUAUUGACCCUCUGACUCAAGCCGAUGACGGGACGUACACCUGCAUCGCCUCAAAUAAAGCGGGACAGAGUUCAUUCGGCCUCGAGCUCAGAGUAGUGGCUCAGUGGUAUCAGCACUUUCAUGCACCGAUGAAGAAAACGCAGCUCAGCGGGAGUCGAUACGCUGCUCUCACCGGCCAGGGUCUGGAUAUAAAGUCAGCAUUUUCCAUGAGCGACAAUGGCCCCGUCAUAAUCUCUGCCUCUCAACCAGAGCGAAGGGUAGAAAGUGAGGAGCUGUAG